GUCCCGCAGAGAGCGCUCAAAAGCUGUCGGUUGUACGCCGAAAGGCACUUCAAGCCUGCGAACUUUUUAAUAAUCACAAGCGCGUUUCCCAGACUUUAAUAGUUCCUUUGAUUUACGAACCGCCAACACUUACCGCAUGUCUUUUUACUGGGGCUGGCUGCAAAGUUACACUUAAAGUAAUUCUGAUAUUGGACAACUUCGCCGCUGAGUAGUCCUAUUGCUGCCAUGGGUUCCUUACUCCGCUGCAGUGCGCUAUCUCUCUUCAUACUGCUGCCCGCCGUCGUUCGCGUACACUGUCAAGCCGACGGCCAAAUCGCCGCCAUGUUUGAUAUACCGGAGACAGUAGAGGGUUCCAGCAACGUGAAUCUCGCUCUAUCUGGGUCCAUUUUGUCCCGUCCCAAGAUUCGAUCUAAACUGGAGUGCACGUUAUAUUGUCUGGAUGAACCGGAGUGCGCUUCUGUUAACUUAGGGAAAGCUGGGGAAGAAUGGGUGUGCGAACUGAACACGGAAAAAGCGGCAGCGAACGCGCUGGCGUAUAGGCAGGGCUUCAUAUAUGUUGAGAAGGUCGAGACGGAAUCAAACAAAAACAUUACUUGCCCGCCACAGUUCAUCCACAAGUUUGAAGGCCACUGCUACUACUACAACAACACGUCAAUUGAUUGGCCCGUGGCACGGAGCACGUGCGAGUCAAUGGGAGCUUAUCUGCUCGAGAUUAUGACGGAGGAGGAGAACGACUUUAUCGCGAGUGUCCUCCUGGCAGAGGGGGCUACUAAGACGUACGUCUGGAUGGGCGGGCUACUGACGGGGACCCAAGAACGUACCUGGGUCCACAGUGGGCUCAGUCUGACCCGGCCGGACUUUGUCACCUUCUCGGAGUGGACGAAUUGGGAGGCUUACGUCAUGUUCAGGAGGUCCAACUCGGACUGGGUGGACUGCAAUUCCCGAUGUAUGAGCAGCACCGCUUAUAUGUGUGAGAUGGGGUGAAAGGGGAGGGAGGGGAGUGGAGCUGUGUCACACCUAACACAUUGUCAAAAAAAGCUCAACUAACACAAUGUGACACCGGGCCCAGGACUUGAUGUGAGGGGGCGGGGGGCAGAAAGUAAAACUGAUCUUUCCCAGUAGGUCAGUCAACAAAAAAUAUAACACAGUGAUGGAAACAAUUUCACUUUUUUUGCGAUAGACGUAUGUUUAUGCAAGUAUGUGUAAUACUGUUUAAUGUCGUUUUGCUUCUUCUGUUUUUGUUGGUAGGCUAUGGUUAGGAAGAAAGGGAAAAAGACUGUUGGGAAGAAAGGGGGGUGGGGGGAUACCGACUACUGCACUGUUAUCGAGGUAAAAUAAUAACAAGAAAAAUUGGACCUACAAUGAUAUCACAACUUUCCUACUCUCA